AUGAUGUCUAUGAACAGCAAGCAGCCUCACUUUGCCAUGCAUCCCACCCUCCCUGAGCACAAGUACCCGUCGCUGCACUCCAGCUCUGAGGCCAUCCGGCGGGCCUGCCUACCCACGCCGCCGGUAAGCGCCCCACGCCCGCGGCCCCGGCCCGCGCGCCUGCCCCCUCCCGGUAUCGGAGACACUGCAUGUCGGGUGCUGGUGUGCGCACAGGUCCAGGUGGCGGCGGCGUCGGCGGCGGCUGCCGUGGUGGGCGCGGCGGGCCUGGCGUCCAUCUGCGACUCGGACACGGACCCGCGCGAGCUCGAGGCGUUCGCCGAGCGCUUCAAGCAGAGGCGCAUCAAGCUGGGCGUGACGCAGGCCGACGUGGGCUCGGCGCUGGCCAACCUCAAGAUCCCGGGCGUGGGCUCGCUCAGCCAGAGCACCAUCUGCAGGUUCGAGUCGCUCACGCUCUCGCACAACAACAUGAUCGCGCUCAAGCCCAUCCUGCAGGCGUGGCUCGAGGAGGCCGAGGGCGCGCAGCGAGAGAAAAUGAACAAGCCCGAGCUCUUCAACGGCGGCGAGAAGAAGCGCAAGCGGACUUCCAUCGCAGCGCCGGAGAAGCGCUCCCUCGAGGCCUACUUCGCCGUACAGCCCCGGCCCUCCUCCGAGAAGAUCGCCGCCAUCGCAGAGAAACUGGACCUCAAAAAGAACGUGGUGCGGGUGUGGUUUUGCAACCAGAGACAGAAGCAGAAGCGGAUGAAAUUCUCCGCCACUUACUGA